AUGACCCAUUUCUACAUAAUGCAUAGGACACAAGGAACUAAUCAAAUCAUCGCGUACGUGCUGCUGCCGGUUGAGCGACGGGUGAAGAAAUUGACCGUCCAUCCACGCCGCAUGUUACUAUAUACCAUUUACAACCAAACAAAACAUGGCUGUUUUGCUUAUGUUGAAUUUCUGGAACAAGAAGCUGUCCAGGAAGCUAUCCAGGAAGCUCUGAACUUGAAUGAAUCGGAAUUGCAUGGUCGACAGAUUAAGGUUGCGCCAAAGAGGACUAAUGUCCCUGGGAUGAAGCAGCGUCCACCACGCGGGUAUAAUCCCUACCAUGGCUACCCUUAUAGAUCAUAUGGAGCACCGUACUUCCCCCCAUACGGUUAUGGGAGGGCUCCUACAUUCCGCCGCCCUAUGCGCUACAGACCAUACUUCUGAAGUACGUACGGGGUAAUAAUGUUCAAUGCAAAACCAGUCAUGGUU